AUGGAAGAUAACACGCGAGAAAGUAAAAUACACAUUGGGCAUGAAGAAGAAAAUGAGGACAGCAAUUCAGAAGAAACUAAUGAAAAAAAUGACCAUCUUAAAGAAGACAAAGAGAUUAGUUCAGAUCAAGAUGAGAAAAAAGUCUUUAAAGAUGAAGGUUAUUCAAAAGACAGCAGCGACGAAGAUUCUUCUGGAUCAUAUGACGAGAAAUGGAACAGUUCUGAUGACAAUGUAGAUAAACAGAGGAAAGGGGAUAUCCAGGACCACCCUACGAUUAAAGAUAAGAUCUAUGACUGUGAAACAUUUGCAGGAUUUAGGAUAUCCGAGGCAUACGAGGGAGAUAAAAUCAAACAAGGACAAAGGGUUGUGCAAAAUCCAGAGGUCCUUAGAAAUAACAGCAGUACUAAAAGAAGAAACUGCAUUGGAACCGUAGUCCAUACUGAAGAUAACAAAGUCCUCGUGCUUUGGGAUUCAGAAGAUGACCCAGAGGAAUAUAACGUACAGGAUACGACAGGCGAAACUGUCCAGUACAACCUACAGCUCUUUGACAAUGCUCAGACUGGAGCUAAGCAUGAAGCCCACGAAUGUGAUAAUUGCAGAGAAUAUCCAAUACGUGGUAUCAAAUGGAGAUGUCUUUAUUGCAAAGACUAUGAUUUAUGUACACGCUGCUACAUGCAGGAUAAGCAUAAUAUUAACCACCCAUUUCACAGAAAACUAGACAAUAAUUCCAGGACUAUUGAAGUUGGUGUUCGCGGAAUGGAUUCCAAAGAUAACAGCCAUAAAAGCGUGUGUGGGAUAUUUCCCGGUGCAAAAGUCGUUUUAAGAAGAGACAAUAACAUAAAAGGAACAGUGGAGGAACUAAAUAAUGAAGAAUCCAGUCUAUUUAACUGCGAUGCGUUCGUGAAUUGGGAUGACACAAAAAGCGAGGAACGUUACAAAGUUGGAAGGAAAGGGAAAGUAGAUUUGAAGUGCGUAACUCCAGGAAAAGGACUGAAGUAUUAUGAAGAACAUUUGGAGAUUAUAACAAGUGAAAAUGCAAAACCUGGAAUGCGAGUGGUUGCAAAAUACAGAAAAGGAAAGAAGGAACAAUAUGUCGGAACAGUAAUUUCAAAUGAAACAGGAAAAGAUUCAAAAUUCUUAGUACAGUGGGAUGGUGACGGAAAAAUAAAAGAAAUUGGGAAGAAGAAAACAAUAUUUCUUUAUGAUAACAGUCAAACAGGUAUUGAACACAGUAACAUUCGAUGUGAUGAAUGUGCAAGGAGAAUGAAGGGCGUGCGAUGGAAGUGUGAAAGCAAAAAUUAUGACCUGUGUUCAAGAUGUUACAUGUCUGGUAGAGGAGAGAUGAAAUUGAAAUUCUGCCGAAUGGUAGAUCCUUCUAAAAGAGAAAAAUUAAAUCAACCUCGAUCGGCGCUUUCAUCAGAAAAUAAGAUCCAAGCACUUGGACUAUUUGAAGGUGCAACUGUAUGCAAAAUUGAAAGUUCAAACGAAACAAGACAAGGAACAAUAUCCAGGAUCACCGAUUACAAAGUUAACACGGGGAGGAGUGUAGUUUCUGUGAAAUGGGACAGCAAUGAUUUUCCAAAGAGCGGAUGGAAAUUCACAGAUCUUAAACUGCUAGAAUCAUUUCCUUCUUUAAGCUUUUAUCCUGCUCAUCUGCCAAAACUUCAAAACGAUAUGCAUGGAUAUAUCAAAGCUGGGGAUGAUAAAACAAAGAUUUCCGUCGACUUCUGGUUAAACGAGAACGAGGCCCAUAUAAAGCAGGAGAAAGUUUUACCAUAUCUACUGUUCGCGAGUAAUCCUUACAAAGAUGUAGAGAGUGAACAAGAAGAUAAUGAAGAAAAAAUCAUGCAGGACAGAAGCAAACUGCUGCGUAUCAUAAGAAGUGUCUCUGAAAAAUCAGGGCUGCCAUGUUUGGACAUCGUUGAGAAGACGAUGUUCUUUCAGGAUAAAGUUAUCAUUCACCAGAGAACAACUAAGGAAACGAUACAAAUGUUAAUUAAAAUGGGAGAAUAUGCGUUCGAAAGAGGCGAUUCGAAAUACAAAGAAAAUGAAAUUAAAUAUUUCAAACGCAUGACUGAAGCUUACUCUGGUCACGUGGUACUCCCUGUUGCCUUAUCACUGGAUAACGGCGGAUUUCAACAAGAAAUUGUUGCUUAUGCUGUUGACAUGAAAUUUCCUAUAUUAUCUUCCAGGGUUAGUGUGACAAUUUUGAAAAUGCUGUCACAAUGUUAA